UUUCAGACACAUCUCCUCACACCACCAUAAUCUCAACCUUCCGAAAUUCAUCCUUCCAUGAUAUGAGCGGAGCUGUGCUACCAGCAGUUCUAGUGGUACCAAAAAUGGAGUCAGUAGUCGUUCCGAUUGCGGAGUCCACCGUCAUUAAUGCCAAGGACACAACACCAUCCACGGCAGCGGACAACGACGUGUCACCGUCCCCAUCGGAGCCAGACACAGAUGCGAUCAAGAUGUUCGUCGGCCAGAUCCCUCGCCAGUGGAACGAGACAGACUGUCGGCGAUUAUUCGAGAAGUACGGAUCAGUGUUCUCGUGUAACAUACUCCGUGACAAAUCGACACAAGCUAGCAAAGGCUGCUGCUUUGUCACAUUUUAUCACAGAAAAGACGCGAUAGAGGCUCAAGGAGCCCUUCACAAUAUAAAGGUUAUUGAAGGAAUGCAUCAUCCGGUACAAAUGAAACCAGCUGAUACUGAGAACCGAAAUGAACGAAAACUUUUCAUCGGCCAGCUCAGCAAGAAGCACAACGAGGAGAAUCUGCGUGAGAUUUUUGCCAAAUUCGGCCAUAUUGAAGAUUGUAGUGUGCUUCGUGAUCAGGACGGAAAAAGUCGAGGAUGUGCAUUUGUAACGUUCACAAACCGCAGCUGUGCCGUCGUCGCCACCAAAGAAAUGCAUCACUCGCAAACGAUGGAGGGAUGCUCAGCGCCGCUUGUUGUAAAGUUCGCUGACACUCAAAAAGACAAAGACGUGAAGACGAAAUCAAUGAUCACUGGAAGUGGAGCCGGUUCACCGAAAGGAGGCGCGGCAAGCUUGCUUCAAAACUUGAAUCCGGCGCUGUUGCAGCAGCUCGGCGGUGGACAAAACUAUCAAGCAGUAGCCUCACUUUUGUCUCUUAUCAACGGACAACAGGGACAACAACAGCAGCACCAACAGCAACAAAAUGUUUUAGGAAUUUUGGGAACAGGUAACCCAUUGCUUGGAAAUCCAGCUAUGGCUGCUCAAAAUCAAUUCGACGCUAUCACAAUGGCACAGAUUGCUCAUCAACAGCAAAUGCUGGCACUCCAAGGGUUCGCCGUGCAACAGGGCGCUCCAAGCCAACAGCAACAAGGACUUGCCGGUGGAAUGGCUGGUGCAAAGACUACAUCACCAGUCGCUGCAUCGCUCGCCAAUCAUCAACAGAUUGCGUUGACCCCAUUUGCAGGAGGAGCCGCCGCUUUGGAUCAUUUCCAGGCUAUGCAGCAAUAUGCACUCCUUGCAAAUCUUCAAGCAACCGGCGGCGUUGGCGUGCAGGCCACAACCUCAGCAGCUCAAAUGGUUGGAAACGGUGACGUAAAGGGUCCAGACGGUGCGAAUCUCUUCAUAUAUCACUUACCACAAGAUUUUGGAGACAGUGACUUGAUAAAUACGUUUGCGCCGUUUGGUGGAAUACUGUCGGCGAAGGUUUUCAUCGAUAAAGUCACGAAUUUGUCGAAAUGCUUUGGUUUCGUCUCGUAUGAGAACGCUCAGUCAGCUACAAACGCAAUUUCUGCAAUGAACGGCUUCCAAAUUGGUUCGAAACGACUGAAAGUACAGUUGAAAGUGGAUCGUGGAAAUCCUUACAAUCGAUAAAAGUAUCAUUUUUUGGAUUGAAAUCCAGAGAAAAAAGGUUCAUCACCACCCUUUUAUAUAAUCUAGAUAUCGUGUCCUUUCGGCUAUACUUUGUGUCUAUGUCCAUCUAUUUUUAAUACAUAUGCAGAUUUAUAUCUAAUUUUUUGUAUUAGUUCUUGUCCCUUUAAAAUAUAUGUCCCAGAACUAGCGCGCACGUUUCUUGUCCACUAUCACACACCCGUUUGCCACGUUUUUAUGUUUUCAUUCUUUUAUCUCUCUCUCUCUCUCUCGAAAUUCCUUCCCAUUUAUAUCUUGCCUUUUCGAAAACAAAUUCCAAAAAGCAUGGCUAUAUAUGUAUUAUGUUUUUAUAAGCUUUCUUGUGUCCACUUUGCUCAACAAAAAAUUGAAUUUUUGGUAUAUGUUUUUCCCCCUUCAAAUUUUGCGUUUAUUUAUGUUGUCCUUGACAGUGUUUAAAGGUGACGAAUAAAAUAAUUGUGUAUUUGUGUGCAUGAAGCUCAACUCAAUGUUUAUUGUGUCCUUUUUUAAGGUGGAGUAUAAUUUGUGGGUAUUUUGCUUAAAUAGACUAAAACUGGUCCAAAACGAAAUUUGAAAUAUUGCCCACUUUUCUUUGGUUUUUUUUUCGAAAAUUCGAUAUGCCAUAAACAUUUUUUGUGAAGUCUCAUCAUGAAAUUCGAUGGUUUUGGACUAGUUUUAGUCAAUUUAAGCAAAAUAAUUACAAACUCUACUCCUCUUCUAAUUUCAAAAAUUUUCAGAAAAAAAGCAAUCUACUAAACAAAUCGAAACGGGAUUUUCUUGCCUUUCCUCUGAAGUAUUGCCAAUUUUAAAAAAAUUUUCUGCAAACUUUUUUCUAGUCAAAUAUUUAUUUUAAAGCAUUCUUUCAUAAUAUUUUGUAUCAUUUCAUUUUCAUGUACAUUUCUAAUAUAGCCUAAAUAAGAGAUUUUUAUUAUUUAAU